AUGGCCUCCUACAGUUCGCUCCUGCCCACUGCGGCACGGAGUCUCCUGUCAUCAUGUCGUUCUCCUCUCCGGCAGGGCUCAAUGGCCCCCGUUUUCUCCAGCUUUCACCAGCAAAUUCGGGGAGCAAAGAACAACCCCCAAGCGCAGGCUAAAAAGGCCAAGGACAAGAGUGCGAAGAAGGGGAAAAAGGGUCCCAAGGUGUUUAAGCAGCGGGAUCUGAAGGACAUGCAACAGUACUCGCUUUGUGAGGCUAUGAGAUAUAUUCGCGCAUUCGAAGUUGGCCGUGAGCCCACCGUCUCCAAAUAUGAGGUUCACAUCCGGUUGAGGACGCAGAAGGACGGCCCGGUGAUUCGCAACAUGCUCCGGUUCCCCCAUUCCGUGCAGACCGAGUCCCGAAUUUGUGUGAUAUGCCCCCCGGGAUCGAGACACGAGAAAGAGGCUCGCGCCGCCGGAGCUGUCCUCGUGGGUGAGCAGGAGGUAUUCGAUGCUAUAAAAGCGGGCCGGAUUGAAUUUGACCGUUGUAUUUCCCACCCGGAUAGUUUGGAUGCGUUGAACAAGGCUGGACUGGGUCGCAUUCUCGGUCCUAGGGGUUUGAUGCCUAGCGCUAAGACUGGUACGGUAGUCGAAGAUGUGGCUGCCCGGGUGGAGAUGCUACGUGGUGGUACGGUAUACAGAGAGCGUGAUGCCGUUAUUCGACUCCCCAUCGGACAGCUGGCAUUCACGCCCGAGCAAUUGCGAGACAACCUGCGCGCCACGAUCGAGCAAGUCAAGAAGGAUGCAGCGGGCCUCAACGAUCGCAUAAACAAGGAGAUUUACGAGGUGGUGCUAAGUUCGACCAAUGGCCCUGGCUUCAGCCUGACGGGCGAAUUCAAACCCGAUGACUUCGAUGCCGCAUCUUUGAGCGGUCUGUAA